AAAUCCUUCUUGAAUGUUAUCAAAGAUGACUGGUGAUGUCAUGCGUUUUUCCGACGAUCACCUGAUCUAUUGUGCGCCGUUAAAAGACCAAUAAAAACACACUUGCUCCCCACACACGCUCGGAGGAUGGAGAUUGGCCUGAGAUUAGCAGUGAGUUUGUUCAACUUAUUAAUUGCAGUUGUUGGCGGCUCCUUUAAUGAUGACGUGGAACGAACGAUUCCUUCAACAGACGCUCUGAACGGUGCUGGUGUCAGCGCUGAGGAUCCAUUGGUGAAAUGUAGCCUGCAGGGUUCUGCCCGCCUGCCUGCCUUUUCCAUGGAUGGGGACUUUGUGAUUGGAGGGGCUUUCUUCAUUCACUACCAAAUGCACACACUGGUAAACAACUACAUCAAAAAGCCCGAGCUGCCGAGAUGCACAGGAAGCUUUAAUGCCCGGGAUCUGCGCUUCUCUCGCACAAUGAUCUUUGCAAUUGAGGAGAUCAACAACAGCACAGAGCUGCUGCCGGGCAUCAGACUGGGUUAUCAGAUCUAUGACACAUGCUCCUCUGUGCCAGUGGCCGUGCAUGUGGCAUUUCAGCUGUCAAACGGCCCGGAUCCUGUGUUUUACAAAGGAGAUAACUGUUCUCAGUCUGGAGUGGUGGUGGCAGCUGUGGGAGACUCUGGAUCCACUCCAUCCAUCAGCAUGUCACGCAUCAUCGGGUCUUUCAACAUCCCUCUGGUGAGCCACUUUGCCACUUGUGCCUGCCUGUCCGAUAAACACGAGUACCCGACUUUUUUCAGAACGAUUCCCAGUGAUUAUUACCAAGCCGCUGCAAUGGCCAAACUGGUGAAACACUUUGGCUGGACCUGGAUCGGAGCCGUCCAUUCGGACUCAGAUUACGGAAAUUACGGCAUUGCAACCUUUCUUGAGACGGCACGCAGAGAAGGGAUCUGUGUGGAGUACAUCGAGUCCUUUGACUGGACCCACCCACAGAGCAAAAUCCGAAGAGUCGCCGACGUUAUCCGGAGGUCAACAGCAACAGUAGUUGUGGCAUUUGCAGCUCCUGGAGACAUGAAAAUCCUCUUUGAAGAGCUGGCAUGGCAGCCAGGUCCACCUCGGCAGUGGAUUGGAAGCGAGGCCUGGAUAACUGACCCAAAUCUGAUGAGCUUCAGUUUCUGCACAGGAGCCAUCGGUGUGGCCAUUCAGAAAUCUGUGGUCCCAGGUUUGAGAGACUUCCUUUUAAAUCUCUCUCCCUCUGAAGUUUCUGCGUCCUCAGUUCUCACUGAGUUCUGGGAAGAUGCGUUCAACUGCAGCCUGACAAAAGGUGAGAAAGUUUCUCCCUCAGUUUGUUUUCGGCGUAAUCACACAAACUAGUGACUGCAUGCAUUACAUUAAACAAAACAAUUGUUUUAACUUGAUGAUACUUGAUACGUAAUUGGUAAGAAAUGUUUUCCAGGUAUUUUUCAGGGUGUAAAUCGCUUCUUCUGCUGUUAUUAAAUGUGCCAGUUUCAUGUUUCUUUAUUUGAUUUGGAUCAAAGUGUUGAUUUGAAAUACUCCACGAAAAAUAGAUUUGCAAAAAACACUCCCAAACUUCUUAUUUAUUGUGUACGAAACAUAAUUUUCAAAUUAAUCAAGUACAAUGGUGAAUUGUUUUUAUAAUCUAAAUAGAUGUCAAUCAUAAAUUUAAGCAGUAAAACUGUCAAAUUGUUUGUGAAACUUAAAAUAAGAUGUACUCUGAACCACAGAGUUACUAAUUUCAUAUUAAACCACAAUAUUGUAAUGUUUGUGAAAGUUUGCCUGUUUA